UAAGGAGAUCGGGGAGGAGGCGGAGGAGGGGCGGAGCGGAAGGGCCGGCUUGUGAACCUCUGACGAGAUCGGGAGGGCCGACGGGCGGCUGAGCUGACCAGCAGGGUAUUUCAGAAAUAAUUGGUGAACUCAUUGCAACACCAUGCUGGUAGCAAGGUUUGUGUGUCUCCGGACCCUACCUUCCAGGGUUCUCCGCCCAGCAGUCACCAGGACCUCUCCUGUUCUAAGGAAUUCCAUUCUGAAGACAAAUAAUCAAUGGCUCUUGCAAUCCAACAGAGGCUAUACCACCAAAUCAAGAGUUGGAGUCCAGCGUGCAAAAACUGGCCAAGAAAUUAAGCAAGCAGCGUUUGAACCAUCAGCAGAAAAAGUGUUUAAAAUUGAUCAGAUGGGAAGAUGGUUUGUUGCUGGAGGAGCCGCUGUUGGCCUUGGAGCACUCUGCUUCUAUGGCUUGGGAAUGUCAAAUGAGAUUGGGGCUAUUGAAAAAGCGGUAAUCUGGCCUCAGUAUGUGAAGGAUAGAAUACAUGCCACCUAUAUGUAUUUCGCAGGGAGUGUUGGUUUAACAGCAUUGUCUGCCUUAGCAAUUAGCCGAUCACCUGGUUUAAUGGCCUUUAUGAUGAAAGGCUCUUGGUUGGCAAUUGGAGCAACUUUUGCUGCUAUGCUGGGUGCUGGAAUGAUGGUUCGGUCAAUAUCAUAUGAACACAACUCAGGCCUAAAACAUCUUGCUUGGAUGGCUCAUUCUGGUGUCAUGGGUGCAGUGGUGGCCCCUCUGACUUUGUUGGGUGGCCCUUUGAUUCUCCGAGCUGCUUGGUAUACAGCAGGCAUUGUGGGAGGCCUCUCUACUGUGGCCAUGUGUGCUCCAAGUGAAAAAUUUCUAAACAUGGGAGCACCACUGGGAGUGGCCCUGGGUGUUGUCUUUGUUUCUUCUCUGGGAUCUAUGUUUCUACCACCUACCAGUGUAAUUGGUGCUAGUCUCUAUUCUGUGGCAACAUAUGGUGGAUUAGUUCUUUUUAGCAUGUUCCUCCUGUAUGAUACCCAAAAAAUCAUCAAGCGUGCAGAAGUGAUGCCACUGUAUGGUGUAGAAAAAUAUGACCCCAUUAACACGAUGAUGGGUAUCUACAUGGAUACACUAAAUAUCUUUAUUCGAGUAGCCACCAUGCUAGCAACUGGGAGCAACAGGAAGAAAUGAAUUGAUUCCAUUUUGAACCGUCUAAAACUCAUCAAAUACUCUUGCUUGUGUUCUUAGUGUGUAUACUUAUUAAAUCAUUUCUUGUACAAGCAGCUUUGAAGUCAGAAGUUCAGAGUCACAUUAGCAUGGUUUCUAUAUUCCAGUACAAUGUGAUGCUUCAAGUUCCACCUUUCUUGAGAAUAAAUUCAGCACUUCUCUUGCAAAUAAGCACAUGAACUUUCCAGUUUUCAUGUAUGAGUAAUUGUUCAUAGAAAAGGAAGGAUCAGACUUUUCAGUAAUGCCACUUUAUUUCAACAUUCUGUUUGUUUUCCAUUUGAGGUUGUUAGUUGAAACUUACCAUAUUUUUACUUGCUUUAUAAUGUUAACAAAGAUUCUUUUUGCCAUCCAAAAAAGAAGUCAAGUGUAUACAAGAAAGGAGUCCCAGGACUGAUGUAGAGAAGAUUCAGCUUUAAGAGUGUUAAAUGAUUACCACUUGCUAACUGGCAAUGUAGGGUUUAUCAGGCUUAGUUAUUGGUAUAUAGCUGUCUUUAACAGAAUUAGCACUCAUCUGAUAUUUUCAGUUAAAACAUCUAUCCUAAAAAAGGCAGCAAAGUGUCGUUGUGAACAAUACCUUUGGAAUAUUGAUAUACUCCAAGAAUAGUGAAGGUACUUAAGCAAUCUGUCCAGUCUCAGACUGUUAACCUCUCCUAAGUGUCCCUGUCAUCGUUUAUAUUUGUAAGUUCUUUUUUGAGUCAUUUUGCUUUAUAUUUAAAACUUCAGAAAUAUCAAAUAGGUUGCCUAUUCCAAUCUUGCUACAGUAAAUGUAUUGAUUCACAAAAGAUGGGGUUUUUUGUUUUGUUUUGUUUUUUUACAACAAAGGUCAGUAAAUGUGGUUUAUGUUAGUUUCUCUAACUCAUUCCUCAGAAUCUUGGUCUUUAUUUUUUUUUUAUAUUUUGUUUGUCAUUUAGGAUAUGGAGGUCAAUGUGAUUGCAUCCUGCCCCACUAACUGCUAAAAUUAGAGGCCAAGUUCUGUCUUCAUAAAAUAAUGUAUUAAUGCUAAUUUUUCCACAAAUUUUCCCCUCGGUCCAUUUUUUAUUUAGAAACAGCUUCCUUGUAAGUAAAGCUUGUAAUUUUAUGACACAGAAUAAGUUAUUUUUGGAAGAUUUUUAAUGAAUGAAAUUGAAUCUGUAAAAUUUUAUUGCAAUGAUAAAAUUACUAUUUCUGGCAAGAUGUGUUUUAUCACCAGCUAUCCAGAAGUAGCUAAUUUAUCCAUUGGAGCAAUAUGAUGUGCUUAUUUCUGAAAUAAUAAAGGUCUAGCUUGAUAGUU